GCAGAAAGGAGCCAACCCAUGGGCCUUGAAGCACUCUGAAAUGGAGAAGCACGGCAGCAACUGGAAAGAGGCUCUCAAUGAAAAAAUCACAGACAAAGAGACAAUCUCUGAAGCAGAAGCCAAGGGAACCAACCUCAAAAGGACCAAGUCCGUUUCCUCCAUGUCAGAGUUUGAAAGCUUGCUCGACUGUUCUCCCUACCUCCCUGGAAAGACCACGCCAGGGCUGGGCGACCAUUCCCGGGGCAAAAAGGCAUCCACGGCCGCCCAGCUGUUGCCCAACGGGAUCCGGGACAGCGCUGGCCUUCCUCCCUCCAACUGUACAUAUGUGAAUAUUGAGCAACCUGUCCCCGACAGCCUGGCCAAGGAGAAGCUGGGCAUCUCCUCCUGGGACUACUCAAGGGCAAGCAGCCUUUCCGGGCACGAUCAAGCCCAGAAGCAAAUGCAGAGGAGCUACACGGCACCCGACAAGACGGGGAUCCGCAUCUACUACAGCCCACCGGUGGUGCGGCGGCUGGAGGCGCCUCUGGUGCACAACAAGGAGGGGAAGAUCAUGAUCGAACCCGGCUUCUUGUUCACCAUGGCCAAGCCCAAGGAGCCGGAGGAGUCAGCCAGCGCCGAGAGCACCUACAGUCAGUGGCUGUGCAACUUCUCCAAGCAGCAGCGGGAGCUGCUGGACGGUGGCACGGUGGAGAGCGCGGUGCCGCCGGUGCCCCGCUUCCCCUCCUCGCUGCACGACCUGGAGAUCUCCGGCAACAUGAGCGACGACAUGAAGGAGAUCACCAACUGCGUGCGGCAGGCCAUCCGCUCCAGCUCGCUGGAGAGGAAGGUGAAAAGCACCUCCAGCCAGACGGUGGGGCUGGCCCACGUGGGGACACAGACCAUCCAGACGGUGAGCGUGGGCCUGCAGACCGACCUGCCACGCGGCAGCGGCGUCCAUGGCAAGAGCUGGUCCCCCCGCAGCUCCUCCCUUGUGUCUGUGCGCAGCAAGCAGAUCUCCUCCUCCCUGGAUAAGGUCCACUCCAGGAUCGAGAGGCCGUGCUGCUCCCCAAAAUACGGCUCCCCGAAGCUCCAGAGGAGGUCUUCCUCCAAGCUGGACGCCUCCAAGGACAGGAGCCUCUGGAACCUGCACCAGAGCAAGCAGAAUGGUUCCGCCUGGGCCCGUUCCACCACCACCCGGGACAGCCCUGUCCUCAGCAACAUCAACGAUGGCUUGUCCAGCUUGUUCAGCGUGGUGGAGCACGCGGGCAGCACCGAGUCCAUCUGGAAGCCGGGCUGCCCUGAAAGCAGCCGGACCAAGCCCGAAGCACCCAAGUACGGCCUCGUGCAGGAGUUCUUCAGGAACGUCUGCGGGCGGGCGCAGAGCCCCACUGCCCCCCCAGAGAAGAAGGAGGCCACCGGGGAGGAGGGCAGCAAGAGAGCCGAGCACCCCAGCCUGGCCACCCACCAUCCAGCUGAAAACAUCUCCCGUGUCUUGAACAAGAAAGUCCUCAAGCAGAGCAGCUGCGAGGACGCCAAGCCCUUGUCCCCCGGCCAGGGGAGUAAGGAGGCAGCCCUGCGGGACCCCGACCUCCUCUCGGCCAUAGCCAGCGAGGACACGGCGUGUGACUGCAGCUCCCAGUCCCUCACCUCCUGCUUCGCCCGCCCGUCCCGCUCCACCGUCCGCCAUUCCCCUUCCAAGUGCAAACUGCACCCCGCGGACCCCCCCCGGGCGGAGGAGAAGCCGGGGGCCUCGUCCUGCAAUGUAAAACCAAGUGCAUUUUAAAAAAAAACAAAAAAAAAAAACGACAACAGAAAAAAAACCCAAAAUGAGCUACAUUUGGAGAUGCACCAAUUGGAUUAAGAGAUUGUGGGUUAGGAGGCUGCAGGGUGGCCUGCGGUCUGCGCUGCCCCCCCUCACCACCAGAAAAAGCCUUAUCCGGGGAGGCAGCGGGGCAGGGGGGAUGAUGACAGCGGCCACAGCCCCCCAACAGUGGUACAGAGCCCCCCCAGGGCUGGGGGACAGCGUCCCAGCCCCACGCAGAGCAGCGUUGGUGCCCCAGGAGAGAGGAGUGAUUUUCAAGGAGGCUGUUUUGACCUAUUUUCCUGCUGCCGGCCGGGGGCCAGGCGGGGAAUCACCCGGUGGAGCUGCCCGGGGGUGCCUGAGCUUCCCUGGGGCUCCCUGCGUCGCUCUGGGGCUGUGGGCCUUGCUCUGGGGGGGGCUCUAUACAUUGCUCCAGGGGCUCCGUGCGUUGCUCUGGGGCUCUAUACAUCGCUCCAGGGGCUCCGUGCAUCUCUCUGGGGCUGUGUACAUGGCUCCAGGGGCUCUGUGCGUUGCUCUGAGUCCAUGCACACUGCUCUGGGGGGCUCUGCACAGCACUCUGGGGCUCCAGGGGGUUCCAUGCAUUGCUGUGGGGCUGUGUACAUCGCUCCAGGACCUCUGUGCAUAGCUCUGGGGCUCUGUAUGCAGCUCCAGGACCUCUGUACAUUGGUCUGGGGCUGUGUACAUGGCUCCAGGACCUCUGUGCAUUUCUCUGGGGCUCUGUACACAGCACAGAGCACUGUGCAUAGCUCUGGGGCUGUGUACAUCACUCUAGGGGGGCUCUGCAUGCUGCUCCAGGGGGUUCUGUGCAUUCCUCUGGGGCUCCAUACACUGCUCCAGGGGCGCCGUGCAUCUCUCUGGGGCUGUGUACAUCACUCUAGAGGGGCUCUGUACGCUGCUCUAGGGGGUUCUGUGCAUUCCUCUGGGGCUCCGUACACCACUCCAGGGGCUCCAUGCGUUGCUCUGGGGCUCUAUAUGUUGCUCCAGGGGCUCCAUGCAUCUCUCUGGGACUGUGCACAUCGCUCCAGGGGCUCUGUGCAUUGCUCUGAGUCCAUGCACGCUGCUCUGGGGGGCUCUGCACAGCGCUCUGGGGCUCCAGGGGGUUCCAUGCAUUGCUGUGGGGCUGUGUACAUCGCUCCAGGACCUCUGUGUGUAGCUCUGGGGCUGUGUACAUCACUCUAGAGGGGCUCUGUACGCCGCUCUAGGGGGUUCUGUGCAUUCCUCUGGGGCUCUGUACACAGCUCCAGGGGCUCCGUGCAUCGCUCUGGGGCUGUGUACAUCGCUCCAGGGGGUCUGUGAUUUGCUCUGGGGCUUUGUACACCACUCCAGGGGCUCUGUGCGUUGCUCUGAGUCCAUGUGCGCCGCUCUGGGGGGCUCUGCACAGCGCUCUGGGGUUCUGUACACAGCUCCAGGGGGUUCCAUGCAUUGCUGUGGGGCUGUGUACAUCACUCCAGGACCUCUGUGUGUAGCUCUGGGGCUCUGUACCCUAAUCUAGGACCUCUGUGCAUUGCUCUGAGUCCAUGCACGCUGCUCCGGGGGGCUCUGUACACAGCUCCAGGAGCUCUGUACCUUGGUCUGGGGCUGUGUACAUCACUCUAGGACCUCUGUGCAUUGCUCUGGGGCUGUGUACAUCACUCCAGGGGGGCUCUGUAUGCUGCUCUGGGGGCUCUGUGCACUGCUCUGGGGCUCUGUACACAGCUCCAGGGAGUUCAGUUUGUUGCUGUGGGGCUGUGUACAUCGCUCCAGGACCUCUGUGCGUUGCUCUGGGGUUCUGUACGCAGCUCCAGGACCUCUGUAUGUUGGGCUGGGGCUGUGUACAUCGCUCCAGGACCUCUGUGCGUUGCUCUGGGGUUCUGUACGCAGCUCCAGGAGCUCUGUACCUUGGUCUGGGGCUGUGUACAUCGCUCUAGGACCUCUGUGCAUUGCUCUGGGGCUGUGUACAUCGCUCCAGGGGGUUCUGUGCAUUGCUCUGGGGCUCCGUACACAGCUCCAGGGAGUUCAGUUUGUUGCUGUGGGGCUGUGUACAUGGCUCCAGGACCUCUGUGCAUAGCUCUGGGGCUCUGUAUGCAGCUCCAGGACCUCUGUGUGUUGGUCUGGGGCUGUGUACAUCACUCCAGGGGGUUCUGUGCAUUGCUCUGAGGCUCCGUACACAGCUCCAGGGAGUUCAGUUUGUUGCUGUGGGGCUGUGUACAUGGCUCCAGGACCUCUGUGCAUUGCUCUGGGGCUGUGUACCUGGCUCCAGGACCUUUGUGCAUAGCUCUGGGGCUGUGUACAUCGCUCCAGGGGGGCUCUGUACGCAGCUCCAGGGGGUUCCGUGCGUUGCUGGGGGGCUGCGUCCGCUGCUCCAGGGGCUCUGUGCGUUGCUGUCAUCUUGCAGCUUGGCUUAAAAAUUUGCUGUUGCUGCUGCUGCCGCCGAAGCUGCUGCCCCCUCCCGUCCGGCCGCACGCUGCCCGCCGCAGCCAGGCUGCAUCACUGCCACGUCGCAGCCUCCGUCAGCAUCUCCGCGACGGCUCUCACUGCCUGUGUCUCCGGACACACCAGCAUCAACCAGGGCCCAGCAGGCCCAGCACCGAUGGCCUUUUGCUCCUGCGGCGCCUGGGAGGCCCCCACGGGGACCCUCGUCCAGCCGGGUGCGGGGCAGGUGCUGCCCACCCUCACCAGCAGCCGGGGGGACAAGGCACCGUCCCUGCCUGCCACCGAGAAGUUGGGUCCCUGCACCCCGGCAGGCACGGCGCUGCCGCGGGCGAUCUCCUGCUGUACAUAGAUCCUUUCGGGGUGAUUUUUAGCAUUUUCAUUGAUAAAAAAUCGGGGGGGUUUGGUUUUGGUUGUUUGGUUUUUUGGUUUUGGGUUUGUGGGGGUUUUUUUGUUCUGUUUUUUUUUUUUAAAGACUCUACUUUUUGGAAUGUGGUUUCUCAUUUUUACAACUGCCUUUUAAUUAUUUGUAAUAUUGGUCAGUUCUGUCUUACUCUGUAAAUAGCGGUGCGGGGCGUUUCCCCCGGGGCCGGGGGCUGAGCCAAGGGCUUUGCAAAGGCAACGGGGAAGAUCUGAGACGUGGGGGUGGCUGAUCCAGCCCCGGCCCCCGCGCAGCCUCCCUCCCUGUCCUCUCCCCACGCCACCUCCCAGCCCUAGGUCCUUCGGGCAAAGCCACGCUUGUCCCUGCCCUGUCCUCCUGCUUCUUCUCGCCAGGUCGCAUGAAGGGCACCUUCUGCCCCGAUGACAGGCCCCCUGCCCAUCCUGCACCCCCCUUCCACGCCUGCUUGUCCUGUGAUGAAUAAAGGCCCUGCAAACCCCUCACCCACGCCCUCGGUGCUGCCUUCCCGUGCUGCGGUGGGGGGGACCAUGGUGCUUGUCCUGUCUGGGGAACCGGUGCUGCUGUGGAGGG